CGUUACUCCCCGCGAGCAUAGCCACUGCCGUGCAGAGUAGCCACCGCAGGGCUCCAUGCACUGCGCGUCGCUCGGAAGGCCCGUUGCGGCUUGCAGCCGUGCCGGAGCGCAACAUACCAGACACUGGAGAUGCUGCCGUCAGCAUCGAGCCGCCCGCCUGGUGGCAGCCACGGCGGCGGCACCCGCCCGCGCUGUGCACCUCUGUGAAGACAAAUGGAUCGAGCGCACGUUGGAGGUCAUCGUUCCCGAGAGCGCUGCUCUGCCCAAGCCGCUCGCCAGCCUGCAGGCCAGCUGCCUCUCUGCACUGGCCACCUUGCGCAUGCCCACCACCCGCAACGAAGAGUACCGCUUCACAGACCUCAGGUCCCUGCUGCAGCACAGCCUGGGCCCCACCGCAGGAGCAGCUCCCGAUGCAGCAGUUCGUGCUGCAUGCUCGCUGAAGCAGGUUGCAGCUGCCACGGUGGUGGUAGCGGAUGGGGUGAUCGACCAGCAACAGAGCAGCAUUCGGGAUCUUCCUGCGGGUGUGUACGUGGGCGGCUUGGUAGGGGCGCCGCAGGACAUCGUCUCCCUUGCCCUGGGAGCACAGUCACGCAGCAGAGGCGGCCCCUUUGCCACCCUCAACGGCGCGGCGGCGCAAGAUGUGGUGGUGGUGCAUGUCCCCGCCAGCACAGUGAUGCCCGGGCCCAUCCAUGUGCUCUACCUGGCCAGCAGCGCUGCGGCAGCUUCUGGCGGGCGAGCGCCAGUUGCAAUGCCCCGCCUGUUGGCAGUGCUAGAGAAGGGCGCCGUGGCAGACAUUGUGGAGGAAUUUGCGGGGCCGGCUGCAGCUGCACCCCUUGCCCCUGCCGACGCGAAAACUGCAGACAGCUCACUAAAUUACUUUACCGACGCGGUGGCAGAGUUUGAACUGGACGACAGUGCAGUGCUCAAGCACAGCUACGUUCAGCUGGAGAGCACAGGCGUGGCCCACAUGAAGGCCACGCUGGUCAACCAGGGGCGCAAGAGCAGCUACAGCCUGACCGAGGCACGGGUGGGCGGCACCCUGUCGCGCCACGACCUCAACAUCGAGCAGCUCGGGGAGGGCACGCACAGCGAGAUGCGCAGUUUUCUUCUGUGUGGCGACGGCCAGCUGCACGACCUGCACUCCAAGCUAACGCUGGACCACCCCAAUGGCGAAGCCAACCAGCUGCACAAGUGCAUCGUGUCGUCCCCCACAGGGCGGGGCGUUUUUGAUGGCAACGUGCGCGUCAACCGCCUUGCCCAGAAGACAGAUGCGCAGCAGCUCAGCCGCAACCUGCUUCUUGUUCCGCGGGCCACGAUCAUCGCUGAUGACGUUAAGUGCACCCAUGGCUGCACUGUGUCCGACCUGGAGGAGGAGGAGCUGUUCUAUCUGAGGGCACGGGGCGUCACCGCGAACGUUGCCCGCCAGAUGCUGGUGUACAGCUUUGGGCUCGAAGUGGUGCAGGGUCUGCGGGACGACGCGCUGCAAGCCCGUGUCGAGGCAGCAGUGCAGCGGACGCUCGACUCGUUUGCCACUAGGCUAUAG